AUGUCGACACAUAAAGCCUCGACAGAAGUCAUCUCCACGGAACAAAAUUCUAGUAAACAUUCUCUAGAUGAGGAGAAAAAUAUUGGCGUCGGAAAUGAAAAUGAUGAGGAUGAUGGAGCACAAUAUCUUUCAGGACUCAAACUCGGCUUGAUCAUAUUGGGUCUGUGCUUGAGUUGUCUUCUGAUUGGUUUGGAUAUGUCUAUUCUUUCCACUGCAAUUCCUACGAUUACGACGGCAUUCAAUUCGCUUGAUGAUGUGGGUUGGUAUGGUUCUGCAUAUCUGAUAUGCAUCUGCGCACUCCAACCAAUCUCCGGCAAACUCUUCCAGUACUUCUCUCUUAAAUGGACCUACCUCGCAUAUCUCUUCGUCUUCGAAUUCGGCUCUCUCAUAUGUGGGGUGUCUGUCAAUUCCGAGAUGUUAAUUGUGGGCAGAGCUAUCGCUGGAUGUGGUGGUGCUGGGCUGUUCAGUGGUGCGCUGAUUAUCAUUGCGUCACUUGUGAGGCUGAGAGAUAGGCCUAUUUACACUGGUAUUCUGGCAUCAAUGAUCGGAAUAUCAUCCGUCGUCGGUCCUCUUUUAGGUGGUGUCUUCACUCAACAAACUACUUGGAGAUGGUGCUUUUAUGUGAAUCUCCCCUUGGGAUUCAUAACUGCUAUUACACUCGUCUUCUUCUUCCAUCCAAAGUCAAAUCCCCUUGCGGCCCUUCCGUUCCGAGAAAAGCUGAAGCAUCUCGAUCUACCCGGAUUGGGAUUAUUCGUACCUUCGGUUGUUAUGCUUCUGCUAGCGAUCCAAUGGGGCGGUCAAGCAUACGCUUGGAAAUCUGCAACGAUUAUCUGUCUGCUGAUCUUCGGCAUCUUGAUGAUGAUAGCUUUUGUAAGUUGGCAAAUCAAGGAAGGUGAUGCUGCCAGCAUUCCGCCUCGCUUGUUCAAGCAGAGGAAUAUUUACAGCGCCGCAGUGGCAGUAUUUGGGGGCUUGGGAGCAGUAAACAUUAUGAUGUAUUAUCUGCCAAUGUGGUUUCAAGUUAUCAAGAACUCGUCGCCUACCAAUAGUGGUAUCAGGAUUUUGCCGAUGAUUGGUGCGAACGUUGUUGCUGCCAUUGCAGCCGGAGGGUUGAUCACAAGGUUCGGCUCCUACAAUCCGUUUCUGUUCCUAGGCACAGCAUGCGUAUCAGUUGCUGGUGGUGUCUUCAUCACUUGGAAUGUCGAUGAAGGGAACGCCAUGAUUAAUGGCCUCCAGAUCCUCGCUGGAGUUGGAGCCGCAUGUGUAAUUCAGACUCCACUGAUAGCUCUCAUGACUCUAAUACCCAGCGACGAUCUUCCUGUCGCAACCUCAAUUGCAGUAUUCUUCCAGUUCUUCGGAGGUGCAAUCUUCCUCGCCAUAUCCCAGAGUCUCUUCGUUUCCAAACUUGUCGAUUCCCUGCAAGUCCACGCCCCAUCUCUAGAUCCUCAAAUGGUAGUUAUGGCAGGCGCGGCUGGAUUGAGAAAGAUCGUGGGUCCUGACAAUGAGUUGUUACUAGCUCAAGCGCUGGUAUCAUAUAAUGAAGCUAUCAUGCAGACUUUCUGGUUGACUUUGGCUGGUGGACUUUUGGCUUUUGUGGCGAGUUUCGGGAUGGAAUGGAAAAAUCUGGCCAAAAAGCCCGAGGUAGAAAGUCAGACUGAGACUGAAGCUGUUGUUGUGUUGGAGAAGUGA